AUGUCGGAUACGGAGGCGGAUGCACAGGCCAGCACGAACGGUGGUGCCACGACGAACGGUACGGCUCAACCAUUGUUGCCCUCACAGAAGGUGCUGGAGGAGGAGGAAGCGGAACGGUUGGCUGAGGAGGAACGCAAGCGUAACCGUGAGCCACCGAUCAUCUUCACCGAGGUCGAUUCCAAGCUGGAACUGGAGCGUCUGGUCGACUUUGUCGAUGGGAAGCUGUCGGAGGACGAACAGGAAGCGGUAGACCAGCUGCAUCAGUAUCUGCUGCUCGGCGAAGGUGCCUGGACGUUUGGUGACUGUUUUCUGGUGUUUGUGGGCCGUAUCUUCCGCGAUCAGCAGUGCUUCUCGACAGAUGUCCGUGUGCAUUUGUUGCGGGCGCUUGCCAAUGCCGCACUGAAGGAGGACAUCAUACUGCUGCUGCACCAGGACCGGAAGGAGCACGUGCUGAUGAACUUUGCCCAGGACAUUGAUCGACAUUCGCCCGAGGAGCAGCAAUCGAUCGCACUAUUUAUGUGCAACUUGUUCGAGAAUAACAACGCAUCGGAAUGGUUGCUGUACAUCUCCGAGUGGAACUACAACGGUUUGACCACGUCGAAUAUUCGGGCGACGACAAAGGUCGCGGUACACUGUCUGCUAGCGACCUGCCCACGGUUGCUGGAUAUCGGUACAGCGCUCGUCCACAACAUCGCCUGCAAGGAGGUGAAGACGGUCGUGUUCGAUGAUGUGGCGGUGGAGAUCUCGAUGGCGUUGCUGCAGUUCUUCAACAGCUCCCCAACGGAGGAACAUCUCUUCCGCACGAUGAAAGCGCUGGCCAAGUUUGUGCAGGUGUCACCGGAUGUGCCGCAGUUUGUGCAGAUGAUUGGACCACAUCCGAAGAAUUUUAAGGGCAAAAGCGAACGGGUCGACGGACUGAUCGAUCAGAUCAGCAAGAAGAUACGCUAG